GAUCCAACUGUAACAAUUGUCGGAGGUGGAAGUUUGUGUUUGGAGCAGAGCCCGAGGGGGAGAGGCUGGGAGGAGCUGGGGCUGAAACAAGAACUACACUCUCCGAACAAACAUACAAAACAAAUACUUGUUGGUAGUUAUUGAUGUUUGUGAGCUUCCUCCUCCCUCAUUAUUGUCAGGGUAAAUGUGUUGUUUCAAUCUUCCCCUCAGCGAGCUGCAGGGUUUGUGUGUUAACAGAUGAGACUAAUACGGAGGAUGUGAUGUCAAUGAUCGGCAUGAAUGAUGGCAUGGAUUUCCAUUCUCCUGAACCUACUAUAUCUGAAUUAUUUGCCAGUCCUGGUCACCCGGACAGCUUUGAUCAUUCUUCUGGCUCCACCAAAUUUCACAGCUCCAUCCUCUACGGAGGUAGAACUUAUCAGUCAGCGUCGCAGGCACUGGAAGCUUACAUUGAUAACUUUGAAAAGAAACCGUUGUCCUCCAUGGGAGGUACAAACAAACUGCGUUUGGGUAGCGGUUCCAAGCUGUUUACCACUUCUCCUCACGGCAAGAAAGAGGUUUUCAGAGAGCGACAUUCCUUCAAGGAUUUGGGUUUCCCUAGCCGGCCUUUGAGGAGACGGAUAGCCAGUGAUCCAGAUCUUGCAAGCCUCACAACUGAUGACCUUUUGGGUAUGCCGCCGGAUGGUUCCUUACCACUGACUCGGUCCUCUGUGCUGCAGUGCUCGACACAGACUCAACAGCAUUUAGGAAGCCACUUCAACCAUAGCUCUUCAUACGCAUUUACAAAGUAUGCUCCAAAGACCUCUCAGGAAUAUUCUGAGGAUUUGCAUCACAAAAGAGAUGACAGCUUUGCAUUGCUUUGUGGGAAAGCUGGUUAUAGUCCAUUAAACCGAACUGUUGGCUUCAAACAAUCUCGAUUCUCGCAUCUAGAAACGGUGUCGCGAGAGAAAGAUAAAUACAUGACUUGCUCCGUUCCACCAUCCCUUCCAGUGGAUGACUGCAGAUUUGGAAAGUAUAUUCAUGACUCCAUUUCUCAGUAUAAUUAUCCCAGAUGGUUAACCAGCCAAAAAUCAGAGCUUGAUGUCUCUGGGAUAACUAGCAUCCCUGAACUGAAAUACCCGGGCUGGCUUCAAGACUGUGACCUGGGCUCAGAUUCAUGUGAUCAAGAAGAAUUGAAUGGAAGGGAGUAUCUGUUAUCAACUCAAUAUGGAACUGGCCUCACAGACUCCAGACUAUACUCUAGUUCUGCUAGAUAUACACCAAAACAUAAGCACUUUGCCAAAUAUUUAGAGAGGGAUUCAGCAUUUCAUAAACAUACAGUGUGUGGCAUUAGUGGCACUUUAAGAGGAACACCUCUGCAUACUGCUCGGUUUGCUCACUAUAAUACAGAAGAAGUGGAAGAUUCUCACUGCAGUAAAUCAUUCAGAGAUGAGCACAUUGAUUUACUAAUCCAGAAGGCAGAACAUGCUCUUGAGAUGCUUUCGCAGCAUAUGACCAGCCCACAACAGAAUCAUGGCAGUCCUGGUACUGAAGAGGUGCUGGAAGCUGAUCGUUCCUGGGACAAUCCACCUGUUACAUUCAAAUCACCAGUGCCUGUGGGCAACAGUGGAGAAGAUUGUUUUGAAGCUUCAAAUCCUGCUCCGAUUGAUAGCUCGCAUCAGGAUUUUUUAAAUACAGGCCAUCAGAGGAAUCCUUCUGGUUUAUCAGGAAUUUCUGGAGGAAAGCACCAUGGACCAGUUGAAGCGUUGAAACAGAUGCUGUUCAGUUUACAAACGGUGCAGCAGAGUUUUGAUGACGAAUGUGCAGAAGAACCUGAGAUUAGAAAGAUAUCUGAAAACAUAAUGUCUCAGACACACGGUGUGGAUUUUGAGGAGGCACCUGGCAGCAGAUCACUACAAAGGGCACUGAACCACUUGAAACAUCUGAAGGAACUUGUUGAUGAUAUUGGUGCUAAGAUGGAAAAGGAAGCGGAGAGAAAUCAAUACAAAUGAUGAGCAAUUAGAGAGACUAUUAUUAAAAUCUAAUAGCUUGUGCAAUCUAACAAAGUAACAUUAAGUUUAAUUGAAAAGUGAAUGAUUAAAAUAUGCUGGCUUGUUUGUGAUGAUUUGAGUCACCUGACUACAGCCACAUUCCCAUCUAAUGCAGAAUAUAUGAAACAAAAAUAAAAAUACCUGGAAAAACUCAGCAGGUCUGCAGAAUAUA